AUGCUGCAGGCUGCGAAAAGAAUCUCAUCGUCCCUGUACCGGGGAUCCACUGCAAUCCGGAUUCAGGACGCUUGGGGGCCUGUCUACAAUGACAUUCGCAACAUCGCGAGGGUCCGCAUCAACCGUUACACGGGCGUCAAAGCUGUCAAGAUGAGUCCACCGAAGACCGAGUGGCAGGCGGCUGCCGAGAGGGAGUUUCUGGUAAUGCGUUCGAAGUUCCCAAAGGAUGAGCUCCUCUGGUACCUGACCCCUGACGAUGUUCGGCAUCUAUCUCCAGAGAUGCGAAGAUGCCUGACCUUGCGAUGUGCAAGCAACAAAGAUGUGUCCAAAUGGCGAAGCCAUCAGCUCAUUCGCAAGUUUCAGCGCCGUCCAUUCGACACCAACAGCCGGGCUGUUCGAAUCGCGUGUCUCACGGAGAAGAUCUUGCGCCUGCGAACGCAUCUGCUGAGAACAGACAUGGGUGGCCGCCAUCAGGAAGCCAAAGAAUCUAUGAGGAAAUGCCUGACUCGGCGAAAUCGAGCCAUGAAGGUUCUCUACAAGACGGAUUACCAACUGUACAGCCACACGUGCAAAGAGCUGGGAAUCAGAUGCAUCCGCUAUGCGAUUCCCAUGAGAUCAGAUCCACAGACAAUGAUCAAUGCACAAGCUGUCGACGGUGAUCACGCGAAAUGGCUCAUUCGACAGCGGAUCUACAAAGCCAAGUUCCGACCUCGAGAACUGCGUGAACCCGGCUCUCAGCGAAGAAUUAGGUGGUCCCGUCACCCGUUGGAGCCUGUGCCGGCAAGCCACGGCAGGCCAAAAGCCACGCCGCAACAAAUCUCAACGGCCUGGCCAUAUGGAGUUCGACAAGACCGUGUGGAUGGAAAGCAGGUUGUGUACAAUCCAACAGCAGCGGGCCGUGGUUUCCAGCCAGCCAAGCUCAAAAUCGUGGGAGGCCGAACUCAGGAGCCUGAGUAA